AUGUUCCAGUCGAGGGGCUCUAUUUCUUCCGUCGAUUGCUUAGGGGUUCAGACGGCCUCUUCGAAUCGGGCCGCGAAAGGGGUUGAAUUUAGACUAGGUCCGUCGGCGUCCCAAAGUAGUUUGGAAGGAGGAGUUCUGGGUCUGGAGAUGGUGGUGGCUCGGACGGCCUAUGUUCUCUCCGGACUGAGGCGAAAGACUCACGCAGCUAACAAGAGGAGGAAUUUAUUUGGAAGGAGUGACAUGGCUGGAGAGUUUAAUGGGUUGAGGACUUUGAGUCUUAAGGGACACAAGCUCUUAAUGCUGGUGAUGACAAUUGACAUAUUGCUUCACUAUAGCCUUUACCGCAAUGCUAUGGUCGCCAAUCAGUCUCAUGCACUGAUGCACAUAUGCUGGUGUGGAGUCGGGACACAAGCUCUUAAUCUGACAUAUAUAUCUUCUUUUGAUCUGUCAUGCACAAUAAAUUUUUCAUGGAUAAUACUUUCAACGUGGAAGCAUUUGUGGAUAAAGCUUUCCAUGUGGAUUGCUAGCUUUUUCUACGGGACAAAAGCUUUCCAAUUCUAUUGGGCCCUUUUCACCCGACGCCCUUCCCAACCAGCUCAAACCAAAAGCCAACCCUCCCACUCUUUACUCCAGCCCACUAGAUUAAAAACCCUCACUCCCCAGCCCACUCACUCUUCAACCCCUCUUACCUCAGCCUCCACCAUGUCUAGCCCGAUCCCAUCCCAAACCCUCUAG